AUGGACCCCCAUUCUCGACUGAGCCAGUUCAACCACCGAACUCCGAAAUCUGGACCUCAGAAUUCCCGUUUCAUGGAGGCGCCACUACCAAAGCCGUCCCUUGCCACUUUCCCAGGCAAACAACCAAGAAAAUCCUCUGCAACUACCGCUUCGUCCUCGUCCUCGUCAUUGCUACUCGUUCGCCGGCCAAUUGCGACUAACUCACGCGUCAAACAAGAUGAAAAGUACCGUAAUGAGAUGUAUUUGUCUUUUAUCACUAGCGCGCUGCAGGAAAAGGCCAAUGGACGAAGCGAACGAUUUGAUGACCUUGUCAAUCAAUUCAACCCAAAGGCUACUUCCCAGUCAUCAGCCCAGCUGCGCGCCUGGAUCUUGACGCUCUCCCACGUUGUUUCUCGCCUUGAGCGUGUCCAUUAUGCUCUGAUAGAGGCUAUCGUUCGCAUGCCAUGGACUACGAUGGAUAACGCUACGGUCAAGUCGUAUACCAUCUUCAUUGGAAUGUUGCUCUCGGCGAGACCCGAGUACCUUUCCCUCGUCCUGGGCAUGAUUGCCCAAGGCUUUACUUAUCAAUCAUGUGCUCAAGCCCUUGAUGCGUCCGCUUCGUCUGGCCCAAUUACCCGCCGCACCGUCUAUGACCGACUUCAUUACCUUCUUCAGCAUAUAUUGUCGCUUAUACCAACACUUCCGUCGACCCUGAUGCCCCUCCUGUCCCGCAAUUUUCCCCAUAAGCGGCAAAACAUAGCGUCACAGUCUACUUAUAUUCGUAAUUUGUUGAGGGUCUGCGGCUAUUGCCCCGAACUGUCUGACAAGAUUCUCGGAACAAUUGUCGAUCGUGCCAUUCAGAUAGAUGUCGAGAUCCAAGUCGAGCUAGAGGAACUAGAAGAUGCGGAAGCAGAACAAGAUCAGGAAGUCUUCGAGUUGGAUCCGUUCGACGUCAUAAUAGGACAAGAAGGCGAUGCUUCUGAGACUGAUUCAGAAGAUGGAGACGAAGAUGACUUCAGUGACCUUUCGUCUGAUGCAGGAGAUGAUCUCGACCUCGAUAAUAAUGGCCAGCCAGAGGCUACAAUCACAAAUGUUCGGCAUAUUCAAGACAUGGUGAAGAAACUGGACACCAUACUGACACUCACGUUUGAACAUUUUGACCGGAGCCAAUCUUCGACACCCAAACCGCCAUCUCCAUCUCCACCGGAAUCACUACCUCCACUAGACCUCCCGCCGUUACCUCCCGUAUAUGACUCUUUCAGUCCUCUUGGAAUACCAGUCCAAUCACCGACACCAUCAAUAUCAUCGCCUCCGCCGCCAUCAACACAAGCACCCUCAAUACCUCUAUCAUCAUCCUCAACGCUACCCUCCAAAAUCCCAGCCCUCCAUAUAACAUUCAAUAGCCUCCUCGCCAUCUUUGACCGCACAAUUCUUCUUACAUUCAAAUCUCGCUAUACACAGUUUCUCCUCUUCUGGUACACUUCCCUAGAUCCAGACUUUGCUGAUAUCUUCCUCGGUAUGCUUAUUGACCGCGCCCUGAUCAAUCCGUCUACACCAACUGUCACACGUGCAGCCGCCGCGUCCUACAUAGGUAGCUUUGUAAGUCGAGCGCGGUUCGUUGACCGUGAGGGUGUACGAACAGUCCUCAGAGUCCUGUGCGAUUUCCUUGCUGCACAUUUGGACAACAUAAAGCAGACAGGUAGCGGGGAUUCUGCUCAGAACAGCGUAUUCUAUGCUGUUUCACAGAGCCUCUUUUUGGUCUUUUGUUUCCGGUGGAGGGAUAUGCAGGAAGACGAAGAUGAGGAGCUUACGAAGACGGAAGGAAAGAAAUGGAUGCGGGAGCUAAGUGUGGUGCAUCGAGUGGUGAAUUCGUCUCUGAAUCCUCUUAAGGUGUGCUCACCGAACGUCGCGAUGCAAUUUGCUCGUGUGGCCAACACUGUUGGGUUCAUGUACUGCUACACUGUGCUAGAGAUGAACAAACGACAAAAUGCGAUGGGCGCGACCGCUCCGACACGUAUCUUUACCACCGCUGCCGUCAAUGCUGAGCUAAACACGUUCUUCCCAUUUGAUCCGUACAAACUUCCACGGUCAGGUGUGUAUAUCGAGGGUAUCUACCGGGAGUGGGGCGAAGUGGCUAUUGAUGAUGACGAAGACGAAGACGAUGAGGACGGCGAGGACGACGAUGAGGAUGAGACGCGAGAUACGUUUGAUGAAGGUGGGAUUCCUGUUGUCCGGAAAACGGAGACUGAGGAGGAUCCAGCUACGAAGGGUCUAGGAGAGUCCUUGGGUGCGAUGAGUAUCAGCCCAGUGCGACCGAGAAAUGGGAUUUAA